GCAAGUGCAGGUGCCCGGGUCACCGGUGAAAAGCAAGAGUCAUUUAUCGGCGUCGGCGGAAGUAGGCUCAGCUGGCUCAUCUAGUACGGGCAAAAGCGCCAGCUGCAAUGGUCCUCUACUACAGGACGUCGCAGGAGAUCAGCAUAGUCCUCGCGAUGCAUCUUCAUCAAAGACUGUUCAAAAUAACCUGAACCUCCUUCAACCUGUCAACUCCUCCGCGUCCAAUGCCUCCAGUUCCCGCCGUGGCAGUUUUUCCGAUCCUUCGAUUCUCAACGCCCCGAACCUCCCCGGUUUCAACCCAAACAACUUGACCAAUAUGAACUGCAAAAGUAUCGUACUCGUAUAAAUGCAUUACAAAUCUUCUCAGCAUGAGAAAUAAAAUUUGCAAUGCGGAUUUGACUUAGCGAAAAGAUUUGUAAUGCUUGAUUGGAAUACGAGUACGAUACUUUUGCACAGGAUAACCAACCACGGGGACCAAAACGCGAAUUUGCUCAUGAUGCCAAAUCAUCAAAUGUAA